UUUAGCCUUUAUAGUUCUCCAUUCUGCAUUGUAGGAAGGCUGUCAAUCUUGAGUCAGUCAGGAUUGAACUAUUUAAUAUAUAUUUGAUGGGAUGAUGAUCACAUCUGACCCUCCUAGAAAUUUCUUGAUACACACUUCAACAUGCUUCACUCAUCCCCCCCCCCCCCCAGAAAUACCUCUUACAUACACCCCAGCCACAACUAAACAGCAGAACAGGAUAUGGGGAGAGGGUGGCAAUAUAUGCAUACACUAAAUAAAAAAUGUCAGGGCAGGUAGGGAAUAAUAUGAGUAUUGUUUUGCUUAGAAUUAAUUACUUCCACAAGGAAUGUGGAAGUAAUUCUACGUCCUCUAGGAAUAAACAGGGUGAACAUUUAAAGAACAUUUAACCUGCUGGAUUAGUCCAAAAAUCAAUUUAAUCCUGUAUUAUUUUACUGUAGCAAGUUAAAUUAUCUAUAGGGAAAACCUCUAUAAGUCUUGUUUGUUAGAGUAAAUACAGAGCUCUGAACUUUGCAUUCUUACGAAUCAGAGUUGUACAUUGUUUCUCUCAAGUUGCCUUUGUUGGUUUUUAAUACCAUUUUUGACAUACAUUGAGUGGUUUGAAAAACUACAUAAACUGAUGCAGCUGAUUUCACAGAACAGAGCAGAAUUAAGGCGAGCAGUACCCGACAUAGAGAUGGAGUUCUAUGUUCAUCUGUCCAAAGCAAAAUAAGAUUUUAGAACUAGUUGCAUCUUCGGAUACGGGAACUGUCCCAGUUAUUUAUGUAGCUAAAGAAGAUGCACAAUGAAAUUAUGCAAAUCUUUUGUUAUAAGCUGGGACGUCAAUGGCUCCUAACAUAGGCAGAGGUGAUUAAAAGCAUCCUAUGGCUCUGUUGGCAAGACAGGUUGAGUAAAGGCACAUCAAAUAUAAAAAGGACCCUUUCUGGACAGAAUCGGGUUUGGGGGAAAAAAAAACCUUCAGGAGCGGGCUGCUGUCGCGCGAGAGCGAGGGAGCCUGCCCGCAUCCGUGCACGAGGCAGCGACAGCCGCUCUCCUUCCAUCACGCAUGCGCGUCACCAUGGGCAAAAGGAGGACAAGCGCGUUCUCUGUUCUCCGACACGCCCCUUCCUCUCAAACUCCAGUCACACACCCCUUCGGGACCUUGGCGCUCGGCCACGCCUCCUCCCGCCUGUGACCCGAGCAGAGGCGGCUCCUCCUCCGUCAACACCACACCCCGUUCCAAUGCCACGCCCCUCGGCGUCCCCACCCAUCCCGACUGACCUGGGCAGCAAACGGCGGUUGGAGAAAGCCCAGGAGGGUAGCGUGAGGGGAGAGGAGGGGAAGGGAACGGGGGGGGGGGGGAGAGAAAGGCGUCGAGCAGAGCGCGCGUGCGACGGCGUCUGCGAGCGGAGCCAGGAGUGACCGACCGACCGCCUGCCUGCCAGCCUUUGAGGGGGAGGGGUAGCCUGCGAACAGCAUGGCGGCUGGGCGCGAGCCCCCGCCGCCGCCUCCUCCUCCUCGUCAUCAUCAUCUUCCUCGGUUCCCUGCCAGCCCCUUGGCCACCGCCGCUCGAGCGUCGAGGCCCACCGACCUCCUUCUCCCUCUGCCCCGCUGACUGACCGAAGAGGGAAAAGAAAAGAGGCACAGGGGAAGGAAGGAAGGAAGGAAAGAAGCCUCGCCCUACCCGGCCCAUCCCGGCCAUGGAGCUCGCCAAGCCGGUUUUCCCCGCGCUGCCGCAGCCCAAAGAGGACUCCGAGAACCUCACUAUUUUGACUGGUCUAAUAUUCAAAUGAGAAAAUGUGUUUUAUUUCUUCCACUUAGGAUUGGACAUAUCCAAUGAGAAGAGAGAUGCAGGAAAUUUUACCUGGCUUAUUCUUAGGCCCAUAUUCUUCAGCUAUGAAAAGCAAGCUACCUACACUUCAAAAACAUGGGAUCACUCAUGUAAUAUGCAUAAGACAAAACAUUGAAGCAAACUUUAUUAAACCAAACUUCCAGCAGUUAUUUAGGUAUUUGGUCUUGGAUAUUGCUGAUAAUCCCAUUGAAAAUAUUAUAAGGUUUUUCCCAAUGACUAAGGAGUUUAUUGAUGGGAGUUUACAAAAUGGAGGAAAAGUUCUUGUGCAUGGGAACGCGGGGAUUUCUAGAAGUGCUGCCUUAGUUAUUGCAUAUAUUAUGGAAACAUUUGGUGUGAAGUACAGGGAUGCAUUUACAUAUGUGCAAGAAAGAAGGUUUUGUAUUAAUCCCAAUGCUGGAUUUGUUCAUCAACUUCAGGAAUAUGAAGCCAUCUAUCUAGCAAAGUUAACUAUCCAGAUGAUGUCACCUAGGCAGCUGGAGCGAUCACUCUCAGUUACUACAGAAAACACUUUCUUACUGCCUAAUCUCUUGAAUUUUACUGCCUGCUUCAUAGGAACUCUGAAACGAACACAUGAAGAGGAGGAAGAAAGCAGCGUACAAGCAGCAGCUCAGAAUGGUUGACAGCUGAAAAUACCUGGACUUGUUGGGAGUUUUAUAGCAGCUUCUAAUCUUGGCAAGAUGAACAACCAGAUAUGAAUUUAUAAACGGAAGAUGAUUCUAACUUCCUUAUGCAAACCUGUUCCUUCAGUAGCAUACAAGGCAACAUUUUUAAGGUAUUAGAUUCCUUGACUGACUAGAAGGCACUGAUUGUUUUAUUGUUUUUUUUUACACUUUAUAGUUUUACCCUUACCCCAAAGUUUUGGACUUGCAAAGAGGUAUUAUUGCAAUAAUGCACUUUUCAUACUUGAAAUUUAUUUGUAUUGAUAAAAUUAUUACUUAAGCAAA